AUGAAACUGUCCCUCACCCUCGCCACUCUGGUUGGGCUGGCCGCUGCCAAUCCCAGACCCCAGCUUCCUACUCCCGAUGUGCCUCCUCCACCUCUGACCUCUCACUUUCCUCCCGACGACGAGCAUACCCUUGAGCCUACAACGACGUCGACUUCCACCUCCAAGGGCGCUCCGCCUUCAGAUCCUACCAGAGCACCGCCCGUGCCAGAUGGAGCCAUUUGCGAAUGCGGCUACACCUAUUGCGCAUCCGUGCUGAUGGGCAUGAAAAAGCCGUGGUCGCAGAAACAGCUGUCCGAGGCGUACUGCAACACGCCCAACGCCAGCUGCGACAAGAACGUGCCGGCCACCAACAUCUCGUCGGCGCUGUACAUUUGCCUCUGCGACGACCCGGACCAAAAGGUCGGCACGAACCUGGAUCUUGUGUGCGGGUGCGACAAGUGUCUCAACAUCGGGCCCGACUUCCGGGGCCGCUGUGAGACUCCGUGCCACGCCGGCAACUGCCAGAUGCAGCUGUGGUGA